AUGAGUUCUUACACUCCAUUUAGUCAGUCCUCUAGUUAUUUAGAGCUUCUAAACAGUCAAGGAGAGUCGCAUAACCAACAAAACUCUCCUUAUGAGAGUUUUUCAUCGCCAGGCGACAAUGUAGCUCCUGAAGUACCUCCUUGGAGCUCUCAAGAGUCGCAGGAUGUACCUCUUUCUCAAGAGACCCCUGUUAGGAAGGAAAGAAAGAAAUGGAAUCCGGCGGAUGAUGAAAUUCUCAUCAGUGCGUGGCUGAACACGUCCAAGGACCCGAUCAUUGCCAAUCAACAGAAGGGAGGAAGCUUUUGGCAGAGGGUAAACAAAUAUUAUGCGGACACUCCCCAUGCUGUGGCUAAUGGUGAACAGGGGAUGAACAUUAACUGUAAGCAAAGGUGGUUUAGGAUCAAUGAGUGCGUCAACAAGUUUUGCGGGGCUUAUGCAGCAGCAGAGAGGCUCAACAGCAGUGGACACUCAGAGAAUGAUGUACUAAAGAUGGCUCACGACAUCUACUUCGCUGAACAAAAUAUGAAGUUUACAAUGGAGCAUUGCUGGUUAAUGUUAAGGUUUGAGCAGAAGUGGAUCAACCUGAACGCUAUAAACAAUGCUCCCACCUCGGUCAGAACAAAGAGGAAACCGGCUGCAGCUUCACAAUCCGAGGAAGCUUCACAAUCCGAGGCAGCUUCACAAUCCGAGCCACCUUCACAUUCCGAGCCAGCUUCACAAUCCGAGUCAACACACAGUGAGCAAGUGUUUGAGGAAAGGCCUCAAGGUGUGAAGGCUGCAAAGGCCAAGAGGAACAAUGCUAAGGGGAAGGCUCUCGCUGAGUACAAGAGUAUGUUCGAAGUAAAGAGGGUGGACAUGGCUGAAAAAGAGAAGCUACAGAAGCUUGGCAUAUUAGACACACUUCUUGCGAAACCAGAGCCACUUGGUGAAGUUGAUCAACUUAUCAAGGAUAAGAUAGUGGCUCAGUAUUUCUAA